GUGCCGAGUUUACUUCUGCGCGCGUCGGGGUUGGUGGCGGCGGCUGCGGCGAGUUCCUGAGGGGCCCCUGCGGGGGGGCGUCCGCUCCGAGCGCCGAGGGGCCGAGCGGAGGAGGCGUCCCAGGGACACGCAGGGGAGGCCGGCCGGCCUGCACGGGGCGCUCCCGCCUCGGGGGCCCUGUCUGGCGCCUCAGCGCACGCCCCAAUGGUCACCUGCGCCCACCUAGGCCGGCGCGCGCGGCUCCCGGCAGCUCAGCCCUCUGCCUGCCCAGGAACCUGCUUUUCCCAAGAGGAGAGAAUGGCUGCUGGGUACCUGCCCCGCUGGUCCCAGGAAUUAGUAACCUUUGAGGACGUGUCCGUGGACUUCUCCCAGGAGGAGUGGGAGUUGCUGGAGCCUGCUCAGAAGAACCUGUACAGAGAGGUGAUGCUGGAGAACUACAGGAACGUGGUCUCCCUGGAAGCCUUGAAGAACCAAUGUACUGAUGUGGGGAUUAAAGAGGGUCCACUUUCCCCAGCACAAACCUCACAAGUCACUAGUCUUUCCUCAUGGACGGGGUAUUUACUUUUUCAACCAGUGGCUUCUUCCCACUUGGAGCAAAGAGAAGCCCUGUGGAUGGAGGAAAAAGGAACUCCUCAAGCCUCCUGUUCAGAUUGGAUGACUGUACUAAGAAACCAAGACUCAACUUACAAGAAGGUGGCUUUGCAGGAGGAACCAGCCAGUGGUAUAAAUAUGAUAAAGCUUAUCAGAGAAGAUGGGGGAUGGAAGCAAUUAGAGGACAGCCAUGAAGACCCCCAGGGGCUUUUGAGCCAAAAGGCAUCCCUUCACGUAGUGGCCGUUCCUCAGGAGAAGGCUACUGCAUGGCAUGGAUUUGGGGAAAAUGGUAAUCUGAGCCCAGCCCUUGUUUUAUCACAGGGAAGCUCUAAAGGGAACCACUUGUGUGGCAGCGAGUUAGAUAUUACAAGCUUGGCAUCCGAUCCAGUCUUAAGCCACCAUCAGCUGGGAUAUGCAGAUCGGAGACCCUGUGAAAGUAAUGAAUGUGGAAAUGCCAUCCGCCAGAACAGUCACUUUAUUCAACAUGGGGGGAAGAUGUUUGUGUAUUUGGAAAAUGGGCAGUCAUUGAACCAUGGUAUGGCCCUGACUAUCCACAACAAAAUCGACACGGCAGAGAAACCCUUUGAGUGCCACCAGUGCGGGAAGGUGUUCAACCGGAGGCAUUCUUUGAGCGAACAUCAAAGAAUUCACACCGGGGAGAAACCCUACGAGUGUCAGGAGUGUGGGCGAGCCUUUACGCACAGCUCCACCCUCACGCGCCAUCUGAGAACUCAUACUGGAGAGAAGCCCUACGCGUGCGGCGAGUGCGGGAAAGCCUUCAACAGGAUCUCAUCACUGACUCAGCAUCAGAGGAUUCACACCGGGGAAAAGCCCUAUAAAUGUGAAGACUGUGGGAAAUCCUUCUGCCAGAGUUCUUACCUGAUCUUGCACAAGAGGACACACACCGGAGAGAAGCCCUACGAAUGCAGUGAAUGUGGAAAGGCCUUCAGCGACCGUUCCUCUCUCAACCAGCAUGAGCGAACUCACACGGGCGAGAACCCCUAUGAAUGUAAGCAGUGUGGGAGAGCUUUCAGCCAGAGGUCUUCCCUUGUGAGGCACGAGAGAACUCACACUGGAGAGAAACCCUACAGGUGUCAGGAAUGUGGGAAAGCCUUCAGCCAGAGCUCAUCCCUUGUCACGCAUCAGAAAACUCACAGCAGCCAGAAAACCUAUAAAAUCAUUGACUGUGGGAAAGCGUUCUACCAGAACAGACAUCUUAUUGGAUGUUAGCAAUUGCACGCUGCUUUGUAAGCCACUUUUUAGUACUCUGACGCAUACAUAUGGUUAUCUUUUGUGGGAAAGCCUUCAGCCAGGGCUCAUCCCUUGUCACACAUCAGAAAACUCACAGCAGCCAGAAAGCCUAUAAAAUCAUUGACUGUGGGAAAGCGUUCUACCAGAACAGACAUCUUAUUGGAUGUUAGCAACUGCACGCUGCUUUGUAAGCCACUUUUUAGUACUCUGACGCAUACAUAUGGUUAUCUUUUGCCCUGGUGUGAUGGAUAAUUUGAAAAGAAGUGGGUUUAUGUCACCGUCUCACCUUCUUGUAAGAAAGCUCUGAGAAUGGGCAUCUUUGUAUUUUGUUGUUGUUGUUGUUGAGAUGGAGUCUGCCACCCAGGCUGGAGUGCAGUGGCGUGAUCAUACCUCACUGCAGCUUCAACUUCCUGGACUCAAGUAAUCCUCCCACCCCAGCCUCCCAGGUAGCUAGUACUGUAGGUGUGCACCACCAUGCCCAGCAGAUUUUUAAAUUUAUUGUAGAGUGGGAGGCAGGGUGCGGUGGCUCAUGCCUAUAAUCCUAACACUUUAGGAGGCCGAGGCGGGUGGAUCAUGAGGUCAGGAGAUCGAGACCAUCCUGGCUAGUACAGUGAAACCCUGUCUCUACUAAAAAUACAAAAAAGUAGCUGGGCAUGAUGGCGGGCACCUGGAGUCCCAACUACUCAGGAGGCUGAGGCAGGAGAAUGCUGUGAACCCGGGAGGUGGAGCUUGCAGUGAGCCGAGAUUGCACCACUGCACUCCAGCAUGGGCGACAGAGCGAGACUCCGUCUCAAAAAAAAAAAAAAAUUAUAGAGUUGGGGUCUUGCUACAUUGCCAAGACUGGUCUUGAACUCUUGGGGUCAAGCAUCCUCCUGUCUUGGCCUCCCAAAGUGUUGGGAUUAGAAGCAUGAGCCGCUGUGCCCAGCCUGACGGGGCGUUUUAGUGGGAGGAGUUGCCAUUACACUAUGUCCAGUAAGCUCCAGACUUUCGGAAAGGAUUGGUGGACGGGAAUGCUAUCAUGGAUGGGAUCUUGCCAAGAACCAUCGCCUGUUAAUUUAGUUGCUUAAACAAAAGGUGUUCUGUUUCUUAACUA